GAAUCUGCCAGAUGCUGAGUGCUCUUGGAAAUGUUUGGGUGCCUAAGCCGGAGUAGAACUCUGUUGACAAGCCGGCCCCACAUUCAUCUAAAUAACCUUUGUAAAGACACUGGCAAGAAUCCUGCUUUCUCUUACCACUCUUUCACUGCCUAACUGCUCAGCAGAUACUGAGAGUUAAGUUGGCAGGGGGAGGAGUUGUUAAUGGAAGAGAAGUGUCUUCUGACAAUGAUUAAAAACCAAUGUCCUAUAUGUCUGUGGGCCACUUGUAAGUAACUUGACCCUCAGAGAGGGUGAGGAGGCAAGUGCUGUCCUGGAGAAACAGCUGGGAUCAGUUUGAGGGGCAAAAAUAGACUCAGGACAGAUUCAGAAGGAAAGAGAGAGAGAAGCUUUAAAACUUUGCAUUCAAAGUGCUCCGGUCUUUCUCAGUUUGUGCAAGAGUCAGUGAUCCUUCUGGGGCAACGGGCUAAGCAGUUACGGCCUGAUAUCUAGAAGUGUUGUAGUUCCUCCUACUGCUCUCUAAAUUCAGACCCACUGCUGAUCUGUUACGAUCUUGGACUAGAAGCCAUGGCUCCCAACCAGCAGAGGAUUUUGAUCAAAGGUGGAAGAGUGGUGAACGAUGACUACUCACAGCUGGCUGAUGUGUAUGUGGAGAAUGGAGUGGUGAAGGCUGUGGAACCGCACCUGCAACCGGGGGCACCUGCUGGACUCCUCGUCAUUGAUGCUUCCAACAAGCUGGUUCUGCCUGGGGGGAUUGAUACCCACACACACAUGCAGUUCCCUUUCAUGGGCACAAGAUCCAAAGAUGACUUCUAUCAGGGAACAAAGGCUGCGCUAGCAGGAGGCACCACUAUGAUCAUCGACUUUGCAAUACCUCAGAAAGGGGGUUCUCUUAUUGAAGCUUAUAACACAUGGAGAAGCUGGGCGGAUCCUAAAGUCUGUUGUGAUUAUGCACUGCAUGUGGCAGUUACGUGGUGGAGUGAUAAGGUCAAAGAAGAAAUGAAAAUUCUUGCUCAGGACAAAGGUGUCAACUCUUUCAAGAUGUUUAUGGCCUACAAAGAUCUAUAUAUGGUUGGAGAUAGUGAACUAUACGCAGCUUUUUCCCAAUGUAAGCAAAUUGGAGCAAUUGCUCAAGUCCAUGCAGAGAAUGGGGAUUUGAUUGCAGAGAGUACAAAGAAGAUUUUGGCACUGGGGAUAACUGGCCCUGAGGGGCACGAGCUGUGUCGUCCUGAAGAAGUGGAAGCAGAAGCCACGUUGCGAGCAAUCACCAUAGCAGACUCGGUGAACUGCCCCCUUUAUGUAGUUCACGUAAUGAGCAAAUCUGCAGCAAUGGUGAUAGCUAAUGCACGAAGAGAAGGCAAGGUAGUGUUUGGAGAGCCCAUCGCUGCUGGUCUUGGUACAGAUGGCACUCACUACUGGAACAAAGAAUGGCAUCAUGCUGCAGGAUAUGUCAUGGGACCUCCACUGAGGCCAGACCCUUCAACACCUGAUGUCCUCAUGAACUUACUAGCCAAUGAUGACCUAACUGUGACAGGGACUGAUAAUUGCACCUUUGACAUCUGCCAGAAAGCCCUGGGCAAGAAUGAUUUCACUAAGAUCCCCAAUGGGGUGAAUGGUGUAGAGGACAGGAUGUCUAUCAUCUGGGAGAAAGGAGUGCACUCGGGUAAAAUGGACGAAAACAGAUUUGUAGCUGUUACCAGUACAAAUGCAGCUAAAAUCUUUAACUUGUACCCGAGGAAGGGAAGAAUUGCUGUGGGUUCUGAUGCUGACAUUGUCAUUUGGGACCCCAAAGCUACAAGGACUAUAUCUGCAAAGACACAUCACCAUGCCAACAACUUCAAUAUAUUUGAAGGAACAGUCUGCCAUGGGGUUCCAGUUGUAACCAUUUCAAAAGGAAAAGUGGCUUAUGAAAGUGGAGUUUUCAGCGUCACAGCAGGAGAUGGAAAAUACAUUUCCCGUAAACCAUUCUCUGAAUAUGUGUAUAAACGAAUCGAACAGCGGGAUCAGGUCUGUCAACCUGUCCCUGUUGAGCGAGCCCCAUAUACAGAGAUGAGCUCAGCAAUGUCUGGCAUGGGAAGAAAAUGAAGCCUUGGCUCUUGCAGAUAAAACCAGAUGAAAAUGACCUGAUUCACCUCAGCCAAGGAAUGCAUCCUGGCCCUACCAGCAAACAAGGCCAGGAUCAACUGCUCAGGAGCUCUUAUGUGCCAGCCUGAAAAAUAACCACUGAAAAAGUUAAUGUACUUUAAUCGUUCUAAUCAUUGCUUUGAAGAAAUGUAGUCAAUUGAACUGAAUACUGGUUAUAAAAGUAGAAUAACUAAAAAAAGAAACAGCAAAGUUAUGUUACUAUAGCAGCUAUUCUGCAAGAUUGUAAAACACUGAUUGUUGGGAUGGUAUUUCUUCAUAUUUUACUUUUGAAAAAUAUCCAUUAAUGCAUCAAAAUAAUAAAAGCAAUACAUUUCCUUCCAGUA